GGGGGUGACGGUCGAAUUUGUGCAAUCAUGCAUGGAGGAAACGACCUAGUCCCGACAUAACAUACUAUACUUUGCAGGUAUGCCUACCAAAAGAGAAAGUAAGCAAGGAUGGCAUCGAUAAAACCCGGAACACGAGUCGUCAGGGGUCCGGACUGGGCCUCCAAAAAGCAGGAUAAUGGAGAAGGCUUCCUGGGGACUAUAAUAUUUGUCCCCAAGUCUGGAACCAACGACAGUACGGUGACCGUGAUCUGGGACUCUGGGCGGGAGCUCCGGUACAGGGCGGGGCACGAUGGAAAGUACGACCUGAGAGUGUUCGACACGGCUCCUGUUGGCAUCGUUCACGAUCAUAUCGUCUGUAAUGCUUGUAAUGACACACCAGUAAAAGGAAUUAGAUGGAUGUGCACAGAUUGUGAGGAUUUAGACCUUUGUAACCUUUGUUACAUGGAUGACAAGCACGACACAAAACAUGGGUUUGUUCGGAUUGAUACGCAGAACUCCGGCGCCUUCCCCGUGCCUCCUAGGAUCAGUAGUAAAAGUUUAGAGGCUUAUGGACUAUUUCCAGAGGCCGAGGUGAUAAGAGGACCACACUGGAAAUGGGAAAAUGAUGACGGUGGUGAGGGUAAAGUGGGUAAAAUACAACAGGUGGUGACGUGGGAUGACAAGUACCACCGUGGAGGGGUAAAGGUGUUGUGGAGGCACGACACGUUACUGAGUGAUUACCGGGUAGGGGGCGAGGGGUGCGUCGACGUCAUCUACAAAAGGUCAAAGGAGGUUGGAAGCGGAGGGAAAUAUUACCCAGAACACAUCCCUGUUGUUGAUAUAAACAAACCUGGAAUUAUUCUCCUUAAACCUGGAGACAAAGUUAGAGUGAACUUGACAAUGAAAGAUUUUAAGAAAUUACAGGAUAAUCCAAUGUAUGGUGAAUGGGAGGAUGAAAUGGAAAAGUGCAUUGGGGAACUAGGCACCAUUGUACAGACUUUGUUUGGAGGGAAGACAUGUCGAGUACAGUAUGUCGAUAGCAGAAUCUGGACCAUGAACAGAGCAGCAUUGACCAGGAUCCACACAUUUUCACAAGGAGAAGCUGUAACAGUCCUCUCUGAUUAUAAUGCUGUCAGAGACUUGCAGGACGGGCAUGGGGGCUGGAACGAUGACAUGAAACCGGUUCUUGGAGCAAAUGGUCGUAUUGUAAAUAUAGAAAUUGAUGGAGAUAUGCAUGUGAGAUUUCGAGAUGGAACGUGGGUUUUCAGUCCGGUUUGUAUUAUGCCGCUACAGAACCAAGACGAAGCAAAUGAAUUACCCUCUAUUCCAGCCAAAAAACACAGUGAAUCGGAAACCAAAACCAUACAGAGAGAUAUGGCAGAAUCUAUAGCUAGAAUGUUUGAAGAUUUAAAACGGGAACAGGCAGACCACACUAUGAGCACUGCUGGCUUUGUACAGUCUGCUGGUGCAAAUGACCUUCAAACUUUGAAAGAUAUUAUCAAGAAGCACCCAAAUGUGGUGGAUAAAACACAUGAUGGAAGAACUGCUCUACAGGUUGCAUGUUAUGAAGGUCAUAUGGAUGCUGUAAAGUUCCUACUGGACAGUAAGGCUGAUCCUAAUCUAAAAGACGCGGAGGGUGACAGCCCACUACAUUACAGUGCUUUUGGAAAUGAAGCUGAACCAAUGAAAGAACUCUUGAAGAAAGGUGCCAAAGUAAAUGUUGUCAACGAGAAGAAACACACACCUCUACAUAUAUCAGUUGGUCAGUACAGUCAGGAGUGUGUCAAAGUACUCCUGGCGCACAAAGCCAACCCCUCCCUUAAGGAUAGUGAUGGAGACACGGCAAUGCAUGAUGCAAUAAGUCAGAAAGGUGACCAGUCUGACAUUUUAAAACAUGUUCUUGGAAGUCCACACGCCAAUUUCAAGGAAACAAAUGCAAACGAUUUCAACGUUCUACAAUGGGCUGUUGUGAAUAAUUCAAGAGUGGCUGUAGAUAUUAUCUUGAACAAAAAUACCAAGAUUGUUAACGACAAGAUGAACGAGGAUUUCACAGCUCUUCAUAUUGCGGCUGUUAAUGGUUACGUUGAGAUAACCAGUACUCUAAUUCAAAAAGGUCAAUGUGAUGUGAAUGCCAGAGAUAAAGAUGAAAGAACACCUUUAAUGAUCAGUGUAGCACAAGGUCAUAAAAGAACAGCGGAGGUUCUAAUAGCAGCUAGUUGUGAUGUUAAUGCACAGGACAGUUAUGGUAACACAGCUUUACAUAUAGCUCAAAUAAAGAACUAUUUUCCAAUGCUUUUGGAAACAAAACAAGAAGACGAAAAAAACGUUGGUAUAGAAAUCUUUUGUACUUUACUUGAAGCCAAGGCAGAUAUUCACAUUAAAAACAAAGAGAAGAAAUCCCCUCUGGAUUUGGCUGAUGAAAGUACUAAACAGUUUAUGAUUCAAUUAUCUAAAAAUGUUAAUACCGCCACACUUGCCACCACAAAGAGAGGCAUUGGUAUUCCUCUGAACUGGGAGCACAUGGGAUCAGAAAGUUUCAAAAGAGUUACUCUCUCCCCGGAUGCUGGUGGUAUGAUGCAGAAGGAGUAUGAAAUGGUUGCACAGAAGUUCAAGAAAACAUUAGGACAAGUUACGAUAUUGCAAAUAGACAGAGUUCAAAAUAUGCUGUAUUGGGCACACUAUCAAUUCAUGCGAAGACAUCUCGAAGGUAAACAUGGAGGUAUUGGUUGUUCCAAUGAGAGGGACCUUUUUCACGGCACUCUACCAAAGAUAGUAAAUGUCAUCUGCAAAGACAACUUUGAUUUUCGUCUGGGAGGUGAUAGAGUUGGGGCUCUAUUAGGGCAAGGCGUAUAUUUUGCCAUGGACGCCAAGUACUCUGAUUUGUAUGCAACACCAGAUGAACAAAGGUACAAGUACAUGUUUCUAGCCAAAGUUCUGUGUGGAAAAUGGUGCGUUGGGAAUGGAACGUAUAAAAGACCACCUUCUGUUGAUCCUUCUAGAGAAGAUUCAGAACUUUAUGACUCAUGUGUAGAUAAUCUGGAUACUCCAAGAAUCGUCUGUGUAUUUGAUAAGAAUCAAUAUUAUCCUCACUAUGUGAUCAAAUACAAAUAAGAUUUUAUUGAACACUUUUAUCACAGCUUUACAUACAACAAAUAGUCUGAAAACCUGUAUAUCGUAACAAUUUU